AAAAGUCACAGCCUGAUUUGUGUCUGAUGACGUGUCAAUUUUCAAACCGAUCUUUGGCUCGCCCAGCGAGUUUUUAAUUUACAACUUCACGAAGACCUAAAAAUGGAUACAAAAGUACGCGUACUUCUAAAAGAAAUUGAAAGACAGCUGGAAAUCACCCUGAAAACGCCAGAGCACAAUCAUGGGUCCGCCAAUUCUGGGGUGACCACGCCUCAGAUGUCUCAGAGGUACCGCAGUGAGCUCGAACAGUUAUGUGAAUAUCUGUCUGGAUCGAUUGCUGUGCAACUGUCACUACCAUCAGAUUCGCCACCUGCCAUACAAUUAUGUCUCUGGGGCAUACCAGCAUUCUGCAGGAGUCCUUCAAAAGUCCUGGACCCUAUAGACCUCAAACAAGAAUGCUUGCAAAUUCAAGGUGCUUGCGGCUUCACGGGCCAAGUAAUUCAUACCAAUGAUAUCUGGGACAGCCAACAACUUCAUGACUGGGCGGCGGAAAAGCGUUCCUCCUUGCUGAUGAUUCAAGGUACUUACGGAUCGGUCCAACGUCUUAAGCGAUUUUCUGCCGAAUUGUAUGAAUAUAUCAACGGAAAACAACCAAUAGUCGCCAUAUUUCAGUGUCCAUCUUCAUCCGACUUUUUUGAUAGCUUUGGUGAACAGGAACUUUUGCGACAACUUGCACUGCAAGCUUUGCAGAGAGUUCCAGUUGCUCCACCGUUUUUCUUCUUGGCCGAGAUGCUUCCAAAGUUCUUGAAAGCUUCGACAUGUAAAGAUUGGUUCAGUAUACUCGAGAACAUAUUUGAAGCUUUCCCCACCUUGAUUGUUAUGGUAGUGGUCAGUGUUUUGGGCGAAGCAGCUGAGAAUGCCAAAGCCUGGCCUGGAUACUUCGAAAAGACGAUAGCGCAACUACAAGAGAGCUCUUCGACAUGCCUGCGGGUUUUGCUUAUUGCAACCAGUCCUUUAUGGUCGACAUCAGACGCUUCGCCACUUUUGUUAGUUGGCCCAGCGCCCAGUACGGACCCAGAUUGUAACAUGAGCGGCAUAUUCGACGUACCACGCGAGCACAAUCUGCCUAUCUACUUACCGGUUCGUAACCAAGGUGGUCCAGAAGCAGUUCAACCAUUGGAAUCAGGGCAAGGAGAAACAAUUCAAAAUGAAGUAGUGCCAGGCAUGCCCCCACAAGAGACGUACAAGGAAGCAAGGCCAAACUCAAACCGGCUGACAUCCACUCCAAUCAACCCACCCCGAAUCGAAAUCGCAAUUCUUUGCGCACUGCCACUCGAAGCCGACGCUGUCGAGACACUUUUCGACACGCAGUGGUCCGGCGGGUAUAACCGCUCUAGUGGAGAUAAAAAUACUUAUUCUCUUGGCGUUAUCGGCCGCCACGGUAUCGCGCUUGUUCAUAUGCCCGGCAUGGGUAUAUGCUAUGCAGCUAUUGUAGCUGCGUACUGCAGUGCGACAUUUCCCAACAUCUCCUUAGCGUUGGUGGUAGGGAUUUGUGGCGGUGUCCCAUUUACUCAGGAUGGAGCAGAGAUAUUACUUGGAGACGUUGCUAUCAGCGAAGGAUUAGUUCGCUAUGACUUCGGUAGACAAUAUCCGGAAGGCUUUGUGAGGAAGAACAGCGUUUCAGAGAGUGCAAGGAAACCACCACCUGAGAUUCUGGGGUAUUUGGCGAAAUUAAAAGGAGCCAGUGCUCGCAAGAGACUCCGGGAAAGGACAGCUUCACACUUAGCCACACUGAAACGGGAAGACAAGGCCGUGGCAACCUAUCCUGGCAUCGAGAAUGACAUCCUUUUCGAGUCUGAGUAUCGACACAGGCAUCAGGGCUCAUUAUGCGGUAUUUGUGGCUCCUCUACAGGCUUGAUUUGCGAACAGGCCCGGUCAUCAAACUGUAAAGAACUGAUGUGUGACAAUCAGAGGUCAAUACCUCGCCGGCGACAACAAGAGGCACAGGACAAACCAAGCCACCACAAACAACCCUAUCCGGCUGUGCACAUUGGGAAGUUUGCAUCUGGAGAUAAAGUUAUGAAGUCUGGAGAGGACCGUGAUAGGAUUGCUUGCAGUGAAGGCAUAAUAGCCUUUGAGAUGGAGGGUGCGGGAGCAUGGGAUACUGUGCCCUGCGUAAUUAUCAAAGGCAUUUGCGAUUAUUCUGAUAGCCAUAAAGACAAGCGGUGGCAAGAAUAUGCCGCUAUCACGGCCGCAGCUUGUACCAAAGCCUUUCUAGAGGGUUGGCGACAGUAGCCUUUAUUACCAGGAUUUAAUAUGGAAUUUAAUUAACCUUCGUCGUGUGUAGGCUCGACUCCUUAAGCUUACUCGAUUUGAAUAUUUGUGACCAUCGCACUACUGACC